AUGGAAAAGAAUUUUGAAGCCAUGGAGUGUCCGAAGGAGUAUCAGAAGAAGAUCGCUGUGUACUAUCUGGAAGGAGACGCAAUGGGCUGGUGGGACAGUAUAGACAGGCAACGUGGACACACCAUCACAUCAUGGGAAUCGUUCAAGGGAGAGUUUGAGAGGAAGUAUUUUCCUCUAGAAGCGAAGCAUCGGUUGGAGCGCCAGUUCAUGAACCUUGUUCAAGGAGAUAGGUCGGUAAGGAGUUAUGAGUCGGAGUUCACAAGGUUGAGACGACAUGUCUUUGAUGGGCGCGAAGAUGAAGCAAAUAUGAUCCGUAAAUUUAUGUACGGAUUGGAGCCGGAGCUUGGAAGUCGUUUAGUUGGAAGCAACUUUAGCAGCUUAUCUGAGCUAGUGGAAAAAGCUGUUAAUGUUGAAACUGUAUUGAGGUUGAAAGGAAGACAAUACCACAUUCUGGUGGACAUACCAAGUUUAGCCAAGGAGAAAAGCCGAAUUUCAACAAAGAUCCAAUAUUUAACAAAGGCAAAGGGCGAGGAUUUGGAGACCAAGCCAACAAUCGUGGUAGCUCUGGGGUAUGUUACACAUGUGAUCAGCCGGGACAUAUUUCAAGGUUUUGUCCCAAACAUCAGCGGAAUAACCAACAGAGGCCAUUAUGCAUCGUCAUGUCCAAACAAGCCAAUCCCUUCGACCCCUCUCGCGAUCCGAGCUCCUCCUAGCCGUCCAGAAAUUGAGCCAGCACCAAAGAAGCAAAACCUAGGAGGUAGAGUUUAUGCUUUAGGUGUAGAAAACCCAGACAAUGCAGGACCGUCAAGCAGUCCCAUCACAGGAACCAUACAUGUUGCUGGUAAACCCACACAUGUAUUGUUCGACUCGGGGUCAACACAUAGUUUUGUGACCCCUGAAGUAGCUGCCCGGUUUUGGGAUUGUUUUGUGGUUGACAGGAUAAACGUGGCCGUCUUGACCCCCGCAGACCGAAUCCUACAAGCAGAUCAAUGUAUCAAGAAUGUUCCAUUGGUCAUUCAAGAGAAAGAAUUUGUGGCAGAUCUGUUAGUCGUGCCUUUGAAAGGGUACGAAGUAAUCCUUGGAAUGGAUUGGUUAUCGAGUUACAGAGUUCAGAUCGACUGUGGAAAGGGAAGGUUGUUGUUUGGCAGAGGUAAACGACCAGAGAUGGUAUACUAUGGAAUCAGUCCUAGUAUGACCGUGUCUUUGGUAGCAGCAAUGAGAGUACAAGAUUUGUUUCAAGAUGGGGAAGUAUAUUUGGCGACCUUAUCGGUUAGUGGAGGAGCCACUAAUGAUGAUGUUAAGGUCGAAGACAUAGAAGUGGUCCAAGAGUUUGAGGAUAUCUUUGCACCACUAAAGGAAUUACCUCCACCUCGGAGUAAUCCCUUUACCAUUACUUUGGAGCCUGAAGCAAAACCUAUAGCUAAGGCACCAUAUCGGAUGAAACUAGCGGAGUUGGCUGAGCUAAAGAAGCAAUUGGAAGAUCUAUUGUAA